UCUCAUUCGCGUUCGCACUGCGCCUCCGAACGGCAGCUAGUUAGCUUAGCUUAGCUUAGUCAGUUACUUAGUCUGUUGCCAAUAUGUCGCAGAUGCUGCAGCUGGACGCCUUGGUCAUGGCCAUGGCCUGUCUAUCCACCACGCAAACGGACCUGGGCGGCGGUCUGAUGGUGCCUCCGUCCCUGGAAAAUGCCAGCUCCAUCAGCUGUCCUGUACCCACUGUGAGUGGCCUCUCCACUCGGAUUCAGACUCUAAACAAGGAAAUAGCCAGUGUCAAGGAGCAGAUUGGCAGCCUGCAGGAGCAAUUGGCGGAUCUUAGGAGGACAGGGGGUCCGCCAGUGGUGGCACUGGCUUCGCCCACCCUGGGCUCCCGCUUACCUUCCGCCAGCUUGGAUGUACAGCCCCAGCUGCUGGGCCCCGGCAUUCCCGCUCCUGCCACCGGUACGCCGGAGAACUGCAUGAAGCAGCAGCAUGGCGUAGUCCGUAUCCGACCCCGCCAGAAUGCCGAACCCUUCUUCGUGUUCUGCGACCAGAAAGUGCGCGACGGCGGCUGGACUUUGGUGGUGAAUCGCAACAACGGCAACGAGGCCUUCAAUCGCAAUUGGGCAGACUACAAGAUCGGCUUUGGCCCCCUCACAGGCGAGUUCUUCAUCGGUCUGGACAAGCUGCACGAGAUCACCAGCAGCGACAACUAUGAGCUGCUGGUCCAGCUCCAAAACCGCAAGCAGGAGCUGCGUUACGCGCUCUACGACCACUUCAGCAUCGGCAGCGAGUCGGAGCAGUACCGGCUGAAUGUCCUGGGCAAGUAUCAGGGCGAUGCAGCCGAUGGCCUGCGCCCGCACACCGGUAAGAAGUUCAGCACCCAGGACAAAGACAACGACGAGAGCGAGGAGAACUGUGCGGCAGUGCAGUCGGGAGCCUUUUGGUAUGGCAGCAGCUGCAACCUCAGCAAUCCCUUUGGCGUGUAUCAACGCACUCUGGAGCGGGAUUUGGAUGGCUACAAGGGUAUCCUGUGGCGCGGCUUCCUGGACGGACCCAAGGGUUCCCUGAAAAUAGUUCGCAUGAUGGUGCGACCACGUGGUGAUUCGUAAAUAAAUAUUUGUAUAUGUAUUUCAUAGCAACAAAGACACCCAUUUGGUUAUAAAACAAUAAAAGUGAGGUUUAGAAACAAAAAUAAAGUAUAAUAGCAAAUUAUAAAA